CAACAACAAUAAUUCAUCAUGAAGCCAACGAAAGAAGCCAUGCGGCUGCUGACUGAUCCAACAACCUGUGAGCACGAGGAUAGGUUUACGCCAUGUUAUAUACCAUCACGCCAGGAGCUCAUGGAGCACAGAGCUGCAUCUUGUGGCCUUGUGGGUGAGAGAGCCAACUGAAGCGCGCAACAGCAAGGCGAAGCAAGCUCGGUAGCUAGGAUGGGGUCCCUGCCGCCGGCGGGCGAGAGGCCGCACGCCGUGAUGAUGCCGUACCCGGCGCAGGGCCACGUCACGCCGAUGCUGAAGCUGGCCAAGCUGCUCCACACCAGGGGCUUCCACGUCACCUUCGUCAACAACGAGUUCAACCACCUCCGCCUGCUGGGCGCGCAGCAGUCGCAGGCCGCCGUGGACAGGCUCUGCAGCCUGCCGGGGUUCCGCUUCGCCACCAUCGCCGACGGCCUUCCGCCGUCCGACCUCGAGGCCUCGCGGGACACCCCCGCGCUGAUCUACUCCACCAUGACCACCUGCCGUCCCAGGUUCAAGGAGCUCGUCGUCAAGCUCAACGAAGAGGCCGAGGCCUCCGGCGGCGCCGUGCCGCCUGUUACCUGCGUGGUGGCCGAUAGCAUCACGAGCUUCGCCAUUAGCGUCGCGCGUGAGCUCGGCCUCCGCUGCGCCGUGCUCUGGACCGCCAGCGCAUGUGGUUUCAUGGGCUACUACCACUACAAGGAUCUACUCGACCGUGGACUCGUCCCUCUCAAAGAGGCUCAGUUGAGCAAUGGAUACUUGGACAUGAUCAUCGACUGGAUACCGGCGAUGCCCAAGGACCUGCGGCUGCGUGACCUCCCGAGCUAUUUGCGCACCACGGACCCUGAUGACAUCAUGUUCAACUUCUUCAUCCACGAGGUACCCGCCAUGUCGCAGGCGUCAGCGGUGGUCAUCAACACCUGGGACGAGCUCGACGCGCCCUUGCUUGAUGCCAUGUCCAAGCUCCUGCCGCCCAUCUACACGGCGGGGCCACUCCAUUUGACGGCUCGCAACAAUGUGCCGGAGGAGAGCCCUAUCUCCAGCAUUGGGUCCAACCUGUGGAAGGAGCAGGACGCUCCCGUCCGGUGGCUCGACGGCCGGCCGCCGCGCUCCGUGGUGCACGUCAAUUUCGGGAGCACCACGGUGAUGUCCAAGGAGCAUAUGCUGGAGUUCGCGUGGGGGCUGGCCAACACUGGCUACGCCUUCCUAUGGAACGUGCGGCCUGACCUCGUCAAGGGCGACGUCAAGGCCGCACUUCCGCCGGAGUUCUAUGCGGCAACCGAGGGGCGGAGCAUGCUGUCGACGUGGUGCCCGCAGCAGGAGGUGCUGGAACACGAGGCCGUAGGGGUGUUCCUCACACACUCUGGGUGGAACUCAUCGCUAGAAGGCAUCUGCGGCGGCGUGCCGAUGGUGUGCUGGCCCUUCUUCGCGGAGCAGCAGACCAACUGCCGUUUCAAGUGUACGGAGUGGGGCAUCGGGAUGGAGAUUGGGGACGACGUGAGGAGGACCGAGGUGGAGGCCAUGAUACGGGAGGCCAUGGAGGGGGAGCAGGGGCGAGAGAUGCGACGACGCGUGCUAGAGCUUCGCCAGAGCGCCGUGGCCUCCGCACGGCGUGACGGAAGAUCCAUGCGCAAUGUUGAUAGGCUCAUCAAGGAGGUGCUUCUGGCUUGAAACAAGCAAAUUAAGCUGGUAAAAAUAAAUGGUUUGGCGAGUCUGAAGCGUUUAUUAAGACGUAACCAACUCCUCUCCAUUUGAAAGCUUAAGUCACGUAUUGAGUGAUAAUUUACAUGGAUUACCAAGAUUUGCUACAAAGACGAUUGAAAUACUUUGGAUCGUGAUCA